AUGUCUGACGCUGACUAUGUCGUUUACGUCUGUCCCGAGGACAAACUCCCAGCCCCUCUGCCCACUUUGUCGCAGAUCGACGCGGCCAUUGAGGAGGAGGGUGCCGAGAUCCUCUACCAAAACAUUGGCUAUGGCUGUACCCUGUUUCGAUACAGCCCCGAGUUCCUUAGGAUCCGCCUGGGCUACCAGCUUAUCGGGGGAAUUCGCCCCUCGACUCGAAUCUUCGGCAUGUUCCAGACCUUGCGCCUCAAUUACCUCUUCAGUUAUGUGAUCCUCGAUGACAAAAUCGACGACGAAUUCAGGAAGGAAACAGAGGAAGAAGGUUGUGAGGAUGCCGACGGCGACGAACCUCAACCAGCACAACCUUCCACAUGA